AGUCCACGCGAGUACCAAGUCGAUUUGUACGAGCGGGCAAAACAGGAGAACACCAUUGUAGUUCUGGACACAGGUUCGGGCAAGACAUUGAUCGCUGCUCUUCUCAUGCGACAUAUUCUUCAGAGGGAACUGCAAUAUCGUGCUGACGGACACAAGCAUCAGUAUGCUUUUUUCCUGGUGGAAAAGGUCGCCUUGUGCUUCCAGCAGCACGCCGUUCUCACAUGCAAUCUUGAGUUCCCCAUCGGCAAAUUCUACGGCGAGAUGACUGGCAUCAUCCGAACGCAAGAGUAUUGGGAUAAGCAGUUUGCCGAGCACAUGGCCUUUGUGUGUACUGCGCAAAUCUUGCUCGACCUGCUUGCUUGCGGGUUCAUUUCCAUGAGUCAGAUCAACCUAAUCGUCUUUGACGAGGCGCAUCACGCAAAGAAGAGCCAUCCUUAUGCGCGCAUCAUCAAAGAUCACUAUCUCCGCGCCGGGAACGAACGUCCUCGUAUACUGGGUAUGACGGCAUCGCCAGUUGAUGCCUUGACGAGGGAUGUUCGCUAUGCUGCCGCCGAAUUGGAGAGCAUGCUGUGCAGCAAGAUUGCCACCAUCACAGACGACGCCAUGAUGGCAAGCCAGGCGCACCGGAACCAGGUCGAGGUCAAAGAGUUUUAUGACAGGCUAGAAGACCCUGAAAACUCGAAAACGCGACUUUGGGGCAUAAUCUUCCAGCACGUCCGCGGCAAUCCACAGUUCAAGGGUCAUCUAGAGUUUGCAGCCAACGCAUCCUCAACCCUGGGAACGUGGUGCGCCGACCGCUACUGGAAGCUUCUCACCACGGACGCUGAGAUGAUCAAGUUGGAGGCAAGGACUGGGCGUGAUAGCUUCGAUGUCGAUGUUACCGCUAGCGAUGAGGCGAUGGCGGCUGUGCGUCGAGCGAGGGAGGAGAUUCGGGACUACAACCUCGGACCCAUCGUGAGCGGUUCCCCGGAACUGUCGUCCAAGGUCAAACUGCUGCACGAAGUUCUCGAGGAUGCUUUUUGUAAGCGCCAAACAAAAAGAUGUAUUGUGUUUGUGCAAGCAAGGUCGACCGCUUUCAUUCUAGCAGAUCUAUUUCAGCAGCCGGGGAUGUUGAUUCCGGGAAUGACGGUUGGAUACAUGAUUGGUUCUCAAUCGACAUCCUCCAGCGCUGCAUACAUGUCCUACAGGGAGCAGAUCGUGUCUCUACAAAAGUUUCGAUACGGUGAAACAAACUGUUUGUUUGCCACCUCCGUCGCGGAAGAGGGAAUCGACGUGCCAGAGUGCGACGUCAUUGUCAGGUUUGAUCUCUACUCGUCUGCCAUUCAAUAUAUUCAGUCCAAAGGCCGAGCGCGUCAGAAAUCGUCUCUUUACAUCAGCAUGAUGGAAGAGGGCAAUCUGGAUCAUAUGCGCAAACUCAGGCGUGCAGUCAGGGAUGCUCAUGCGCUGCGGCAAUUCUGCUCUGCUCUGCCCGAGGACCGAAAGGUACAAGACUUCGUCAUUACUCCUGAGCUCCUCGUUUCUCAUGAGCAAGCCACCCAGAAGACAUUUGCCAUUGCCGAGACGGGUGCUCAGCUCACGUUCAUCACGAGCUUGGAUGUGCUGGCCAAAUUUGCAUCGUCCUUUCCGAACGAGGCCGAAGACGGCAUAAUGCCGUUGGAGUACAUUGUCAACACCGUUGGCAAAAAGUUCAUUGCUCGAGUGGUCCUACCAGAAGGAUCGCCAAUCAAGACGAUCACGGGAGAAGCCCAGCAAAGCAAGCAGUUAGCACGAUGUUCGGCUGCAUUCGAAGCCUGUGUGCGUCUGAUUCAGAAGAAAUACAUUACCGGGAACUUGCAGCCCGCAUUCGCCAAGAAGCUGCCCGAGAUGCGCAAUGCACGACUAGCCCUCUCAUCAGACAAGAAGUCCGAAUAUGACAUGCGAAUCAAGCCGGAUUUUUGGUCCUCUUGCCUCGGCCCAGAGCCUCCAACUAGCCUGUAUCAGACCGUCAUCACCCUCGACCAGCCGGAUGCACUUGGGAGAGCAUCUCGGCCCCUGAUACUUCUGACUAGGAAACCAUUGCCUGACAUCCCAAGCGCCCCCCUGUACUUUGGUAGCGGCAGGACAUCUAAUGUGCGUCUCUCAAAUUCACAGACAUCAUUCGAAGUCCUGCCUCAUCAGAUUGAGGCCCUUGCAAGUUUUACGCUGAGAUUGUUUGCCGAUGUGUUCAGCAAGGAGUAUGAGGCCAAGACACAUGAACUACCAUAUUUCGUUGCCCCUGGCUUGCCAAACGAUGAUGAGGUAGUCGAGAUAGACUGGAAAGCCGUGCAAUUCGUCCACGAAAACGAGAACCUUGAGUGGAAAGAUGCUCCUGAGAAAUUUUUCGAGGACAAAUUGGCUAUAGAUCCGUGGGACGGGUCUCGGAAAUACAUCCUGCAUGGUAUCAAUCCCGACAUGAAGCCAUCUGAUCCAACACCAGAGGGCGUUCCACAGCCAAAGAGCCUGGCAUACAAGCGGGUUGAGCACAAUAUCAAGGAAUACAGCAACAGCCUCUCUUUCAACUCCAGAAAGAGAAUAAACUGGACAGAUGACCAGCCAGUCGUCAAUGCGGAGCUUCUUCCCAUACGCAGAAACUUCCUAGACGAAUUCUUUGUAACUGACGAUGGUGAUGGUACUUGCUACAUCAUCCUCGAGCCGCUUCGUGUGUCGCCGAUUUAUAUAGAUGCCGUCGCCAUGGCCCUGGUCCUGCCUGUAGUAAUGUACCGCGUCGACUCGGUCCUGAUCGCUCAAGAAGCAUGUUCCCUCGUCGGCCUGACUAUCAGGUCAGACCUUGCCCUUGAGGCGGUGACAAAGGACAGCUUCAACACGGAAGAACACGGCGAACACCAAGUCGAUUUUCAGCCCGGAAUGGGUAGAAACUAUGAGCGCCUAGAGUUUCUCGGAGACACAUUCCUCAAGAUGGCCACAACUAUUUCUGUCUUCACUCUCUUUCCCACCGCAGACGAGUUUGAGUAUCACGUCACGCGUAUGGUGAUGCUGUGCAACCAGAACCUGUUUAAGCAUGCCGUGGAGAAGGGAAUGCCCGCGUACAUCCGCACCAAGGCAUUCGACCGCCGGACGUGGUAUCCGAGCAACAUGACGUUGAAGAGAGGCAAAGCGGCCAAGACGGAAUCGAAACACUGUCUGUCGCACAAGUCGAUUGCGGAUGUCUGCGAGGCGCUCAUAGGAGCGGCUUAUAUGUCAAGCUCGCCGGGGGACAUGGACAUGGCGGUGAAAGCAGUUGCGGCCAUGGUCUGCUCGAUCAACCACACGAUGACCAGUUACAAGGACUACUUUGCAACAUUUACAGCUCCGAAGUGGUACAGCCAGCAGGCAACCGCCGCACAGCGCCUCACCGUGGACAAAGUGGCCGAAAUCACAGGCUACCGCUUCAAGGCAGCGCCGCUCGCCCGCAGCGCCUUUCGACACCCCUCAUACGUGUUUGAGAACAACAUCCGAGACUACCAGCGGCUCGAGUUCCUGGGCGACGGGCUUUUGGAUAUGGCCAUUGUGGAUUUCCUGUUCAAGAGGUUCCCUGAAGCAGACCCAAAGUGGCUCACGGAGCACAAGACAGCCAUGGUGUCAAACCAGUUCCUCGGCUGUCUCUGCGUCAAACUUGGCCUUCACAAGCAUAUCCUGUUGGCCACAUCUUCUCUUCUCGGUGAUAUUGGACGGUACGCAGCCCAGCUCGAGCAAGCUGAGGAAACGGCUCGACAGACGUUGCGGGCUGAAGCAGAGUCGAUCCCCCAGAAUUUCUGGGUCGAUGUGCCACAGCCGCCCAAGGUUCUAGCCGACGUUGUUGAAGCUCUGGUGGGUGCCAUGUUCGUCGACUCGGAAUAUUCCUUCUCUGUGGUACUGGACUUUUUCACCAAGUUUAUUCAGCCAUACUUUGAAGACAUGGCACUCUAUUCGUCGUUUGCCUCGAACCACCCGGUCACAACGCUGGCACACAAGCUGGAAGCCGACUUCUGCUGCAACCAGUGGAAGCUCCAUGUGGCCAGUGUGCCGGCGCCCGUGGAGGCGGGCAUCGCGGUGGUGUCGGCCAGCGAGAUUCUCUGCGCGCUCAUGAUUCACGGCAGGGUGGUUGCCCAUGCAACCUCAUCAAAGAGCGGCACUGAAGCCAAAGUGGCGGCUGCAAAGCUAGCGCUGGAGAAGCUCGCACUUGUACGAGACGUGGACCAGUUUAGAAGGGAGAUGGAUUGCGAUUGUGGCAGCUCAGCAACCGGCCCGAACUAG